AGUGCUCAAGAUAAAAAGAAAGAGUUAAAAACUCGAAGGCUCGAAGCGCGGUUACUUCACGUGCUUCACUUGAACAGCAGCUUCUCUCUCCCUAUCUCUCUCCGUUGAGCUUGCUACUCUGAAUCAAAGAUGAACUCUAUGACAACUCUAAAAAUGAAGCUCAAGGAACUUGAAGAGAUCGAGAAGGAAGUCGCUUCGGCGCUCCAGAGUGCAGGUCAGGCAUGCCUGGAACUUAGUCGGGAAAAACCGAGUAUGAAGCAAGUGGAGUCAAAUACUUCUAGCUUUCUGACUACGUUACAGAACGUCGAAGCUGCUCUUACAAAACAUAUAUUGUACCUAACGCAAGUUUCCACCGUACAACCGCACGAAGGCUCAAGCUACGCAGCACAGAAAGUAUUUCACAUGGCUCUUCAUCGACUUGAGCAUGCCCGUUCACGCAUGAAUGAACUAGAACGCCUACGACACCAGCAAGAACAGCCACAACAGCCACCCCCGAUGCAGCAACAAAUGCAACAACCACAGCAGGAGCAAGAUUCCUAAGGCACUGGUAGUGGUGUGUGCGCUCUAAGAAAACUGUGUGUUGUGCACACGAAGUUAAUCUGAAAAAGUGGCAGUGUACAUGUGAAGAAACCGUGUCAGUCCAGCUAACUGGAAGACAUAUAAGCCUCAUUUGUAAAAAGUGCUCAGUUCAUCACUGUGCUCCUAUUUAAAGCUUUAUUAAUGUGUGUUUUCGAGGGCCAGUCAGCUUUUAUUAAACCAAACAAUUCAAGAA